AUGAACAACAACGCUGUCACCAAUGUCAACAAAGGUCCGAGUUUUCUGACGUCUCUCUGGGUUUCAAGCGGCAUUGCGAUCUCGAUGGUCAUCGCUCGGCUUAUCGUGCGAGUACGGUUCCUCCGCUACCAUGGUCCCGAUGACUACUUCAUCGCUGCCUCGCUCGUUGUUGGCGUGGUCGGCGUCUGCUUAGACACGGUCUCCGUACGACAUGGACUUGGUCGACAUGAAGCAUUCCUCACGCUCGACCAGAUCGUGCAGGCGACGAAGUACAACUUCAUAGCCAUCCCUUUCAAUCUGAUGUCCAGCGCGCUAGCGAAGUGCUCCGUCUGCUUCUUCCUGAUCCACGUCAACCAGAGCAAGCUGGCAGGGCGUUUACUGCUGGCGGCAAGCAUACUGUUGGUCGUGUUCAGCACAGUGACCAUCGCAGUCCUCUUUGGCCAAUGUACACCACCACAAGCCCUGUGGAACCCCGAGGUACGGGCGACGGGCAAUUGCAUCAAUCCCAGCAUCAACGCAGGCGUAGGCUUAGCACAGGCAGCAUUUUUCGUCGUCGCUGACCUGUGCUUUGCCUUCUUCCCCCUGACGUUCCUUUGGACUCUGCAAAUGAACAGGCGGACCAAGUUUGCUCUUGCGGUGGUACUUAGCCUCGGCGUUAUGCAAGUUCCCCUUUCGCCCGUCGCAGUAACGUCUCGCUGA